AGAACCUUUUGUGUGUUGGGAGAGGUUGUUUGUUUACAAUGCGUACUCUAGUUUAAUUCAUCAGUUUUGACCUGGUUGACACGUUUUAUUUUGGCUCAGCAGGAAAUUACAGGAAUUGAAGCAAAUGAUCUUGCCAGUCUUCUGCAUAGAUUUGAAGAAGCCACAAGUUCAUCAGAUGAUUUGAGUGUGCCCACAAGAGUUGCAAAAAAUCGAAAGGAGAUACUUUUGAGGGCUAAGAGUGCUGGUAGCAGUCCAGCUGCCACUCCACCAGCUACUCCUCCUCCAUAUGGAAGGAUCUCAGUUUCCAAGGGCCCGGGGGUGUCGCCUCAACAGCCUGUGCUUUUGCAAGGGGGUAUCAAGGCUCACCCGAUUCAACUAAAGUUUUUGUUGCCUCCAAAUGCGUCUACUACACAGAGUGCUUCCUCAUCUACAAAGAAUGAAUCCAGAAUUUCUGCACUACCUGUGCAGAUUCUGCCAGCAUCGAGUUCCAGUACAUUGCUGAAUCAGACCAGUCUUCUCACUCGUUCAGCCAUACCACAUACUUCUGCGAUUCGACACCCUAUCUCUGGCAGCGUCAGGCUGAGUGUUGUCACAGCUCCCCAGCUUGCUAAAGGUAAAACAUCAGUUUUGCCUGGAACUAUCAGAGCCCCAGUGAACAUUCAAGCAUCAGCGCCAAGAGUUGUUGUACCUAAAAACUCUCAUUCAAUCUUCAUCCAGAGGCCUUCUGCUCCGGAUGUUCGUAUUUCUUCCCAUGGUGUUUUGUCUUCAUCCAGCACAGCUCAAGUCAAAACCCCUACCAUUGUUGGUUUAAGAAACGGACCUACUGCAACCGCUGAUACCAGAAAACAAAAGCUUACUGCGAUUGUCCCUGCUCCCCCUCACUGUGUUAUUUCACAGAUAUCUGGCUCAGCUCCUUUACAAGCAAAGCCAGCUUCUGUCUCAACAUCAGGAAGUUUGCUAACUACUACUUCUACUUCUUCGGCGACUACAUCUGCCAAUGUUAGCCUUCUGCAGUCAAUGCUGGAAUCACAGACACCAAUGAAUUCUCAAAUUACUUCUACACAGCUCAGUGAAAGGCUGGCCUCACAAACUGGGAAAGUGUCUGCAGACGGGGUAAAAUUAAAAGGUUUAAACAAGUCCUCAGUAAAAUCAGAAGUUGAACCGUCAGUGCCUGCCAUUACGAUAAAAGCUGAGCAGCUCAGCUCUGCACAGUCCCAAAAGCAAGGUGUCAGCAGUGCUUCAAAUUCUCAGGAUCAUGAUUACUGCUUUUUGAAAAUGUCAACGAAAGAUAUUGUGCAGCAAACAGCCCGUAACAUUAAAGGUGAUAGUGCUAUCAGUGAUGUGAAAUCAGAAUCUAUGGAAGUUGUGAGCUCAAGUGAUUUGAAUACGGCAGCAAUAGAAGAUAUGGAAGAAGAAAAAGAUGAAGUCCCCAUUGAGAGCACCACGCCUCAAAUUCCUCUCUCCUCUGAGAAAGUGAAUGAGUUUGUUUUUGAAGAAGGUGAAUUUCUCAUUGAUGAACAUGGCAAUGAUGCCAUUCCUUCUGAGGACUGGAUUGUUCCUGAACAUCAGGGGUCUCAGGGAGAAUGGAAUUCAGCAAGAGUUGUUUCAUUUGGUGGUGAUGAUGAGUCAAAUAGCAGGCGGAGGUCUCGAAGGUAUCGCAGAAGGGCAGAGUUUAGUACAAGUCCUGUCCGUGAGGAUACUGGUAAUUUCUUUGAUAAGAUUCCUUCAUACUACACUGCUCUUUCUAUACCCACCAAGCCAACGAAGACAACUGUGUUUGCCAGUGCAACGCGUGCUAUUGGCACUACCGAUCAUUUGGAUUUUGUUGAUACCAGUGAACAAGUGGAUGAUGGGCAUUAUGACAAAGUACCUGCCCACCGACGCCUUUUUACUAAUACAAUCAAGGAAGUGGAAAUACAACCUGAGGUGUCAGAUUCAAAUGUUAUGUCUGAGGAUGAAGAACCUUCGAGGUCAUCUCAAUCUCGCAGGUCCUCAUCUCGUACUCGCCGGUCUUUAUCUCGUUCUCGUAGGUCCUCGUCAAGACAUUCCCACCAGUCAAACUCCUCACAUCGAGCAAGGCGUUCAAGCUCUAGGCACUCAGCCGGCCACCAUCCCAGGCACUCGCGCUCCAGGUCCCCCGCCUUGUCUGCCUCGGGGAGCAGGGACCGGCAGUCUCGCUCUACCUCCCGGCGGACACGCACCAUGUCCAGAGGAUCUGGACGCUCAUCCUCCAGUUGCUCGACCUGCUCCUCUCGGUCGUACUGCUCUACAUGUUCGGGUUCCUCCUCGUCUCGGUCACGGUCGAGGUCAGGAAGUGGUGAGAGGUUCAGUCGCAGUGGUUCCAGUGAUUCCGCUUCUUCGAGGUCAAGGUCUCGUUCACCUGGUAGACAGAGAGAUUUAGACAUGCGCAAGAAGAGGUCACGGGCACAUUUUAUGCCAGAUCGUCAUGGUCGACGUAGUUGCUCUCGAUCAGAUCGACGGAGCCGCUCUAGAUCAAGGUCAAACAGUUCCUCACGAGGGCAGAGAUGGAGGUCGCACCGGCACAGGACAAGGUCGCGUUCUUCAGCGGAGCGGCGUAUUUCACAGAAGCGCAAAGAAAGAGAGGAAGAGAAAAUCCGUGCCAUGGAGGAGCGAAGAGUUGUCUAUGUUGGUAAAAUUCCUGAGGGUUUCACCAAGAGACAGUUGCAUAAGAGGUUUGAAAGAUUUGGUGAGAUAAAGGAAGUGAAAGUCAACUUCAGAGAACAUGGGGACAACUAUGGCUUUGUCACAUUUACCUAUGCUUGUGAUGCCAUUGCUGCAAAAGAGAGAGGGAACAACCUCCCUGGGGAAAUGAAGUUUGACCUUUGUUUUGGUGGAAGAAGACGCUUUUGUCCUGACCAGUAUGCUGAUCUUGAUGGAAAUCGUGAAAUUGAAGAAGAGUAUGCUCCAAUGCCCACCAAGAUGUCAGAGGAGCUGGAUUAUGCAGCCUUGCUCAAACAACAUUCAAACCAACAAAGGAAAAAAAGAUAACACAAGGCAACGGGCUUGUCAUCUCCGUGCCAUAUUAUGCCCAAUGGAUAAAUAGCAUGGUGCCUCCUACUGCCCUUUCCAAGUAUAUUAGCAUUUGAUAGACCUGAUUAUGUGAAUGUUAAUUAGCUGUUUGAGAUAGAAAAAAAAUACAUUUUGGGGUUCCCUGGUUGUUUUCAAGUGCAUAUGCAUGGCGCAGUUUCUUUUUAUUUUUCUUUGAUACCUCUCCUGUUUUUGUAAGAAUGAAGUUGAUAGUCAUGUGCAGGUUCUUGUGUUUUGGUGUAUGCUUUUUCUAUUGACUUUCAUGCUUGUGUUCCAGUUCUAGAGUACUGGUUUGUUUGAAGUUCCAAGUCGCACUUUUUGAGGUGGAAUCUUUCUACUGCCCCGGCCCGGUGAUGAAUGCUUAUUGUAUUGUGGGUACUUUCCAGUCAUAAUAAUUGUAGGAAAUCAACAUCAGCUGUGCACUUAGGGUAUGAAGAUGUUUUUGCAGCUCUUCGACUCUGGCUAUGGUCAGUUUUUUCUUAGGUGAUUGACCUUGUCAUUUGAUUUGUACAAAAUUCUCACGGUAUGCAUUGGUAAAAUAUCACACAGCCUUCAUUCUCAGGAAUACCACAAGAGAUCAAAUAGAUUGUGGUAUGUGUAACUUGUGGGGUUUAUUUUUCUUGAUAUAUAGAUUUACUGCUUUAAUAUCUCAUUAGCCUUUGCACAAAUUUUGUCUCAGUUUCAAGCAUUGUAUUUCUUUUUGAUAGUAGUGAUCUGAGCAUAAAUGGUAGUUUUUAUGAGUCUAGAGACAAGAUUGUUUUCAUAAUGAGAGUACUUGCUAUCAGAGGCUUUCGUCUCAAGGCCAGACUCUUUACUUUUCUUGAUUAUCCUAUUUGUUUUUCAUAUAUAUAGAUUAGGAGCUGCCAGUGUAAUGUUUUUAAUUUUUAAAUUUAUUGUUGGCAUAAUCUUGAAUCGAUGGACUUAACCCCAUAUUGAAAAAAAAAGUGCAGUGCAGAAAUGUUUCUCGGCUUGUGUCAAAUGAAAGUUCUAGAUUAAGUGUUUAUGAAGAUUAUUGUGAAUCAUAUGCAAGGUGUGAAGUUGGAUGUAAAAUUGCUUUGAAGUGUUUAAAUGAGUAUGAUAGUUUACAUAUGAAAUGUAUAUAUUGACUGACUGACUUUUUUCCGUUUUUGGCUGCGAUGAGGUGCCAAACUCCUUGCCUCCGUUGUAUGUGUGAUUUUGUUUGUACAAUAAUAAAAUAUAAACCAUUUUAUUCUGUCUUAAGGUAAUGAUAUGAUCGUUCGUGUAAGUGAGACAGAAUGGAACUGAAAAAAAAAAUUUUAUCAUGCGAAAGGUAACCCAUUAGCUUUAAUUCCGUUCACAGAUACUGUUAUCAUGUCUAAUUUCACUUGUCAAUAAAUUUGUUAUCCCUGGGGUUUUUUUUCAGGCCAUAACUAUUUUUCACCUCUUGUUUACUUUGGAAAAAAUUCUUGAUUUGUUGUGGAAUAUAGUGUACAGGUUUUUAUCUUGGAGGGAAACUCAGAUUUCCCACACCUUCUGGUGUUUUGUUGUUGAUGUGCUGGCACCUAUUGGUAUUGUCACUUGCUUCUCAAUUGUUUUGGGUUUUUUAAUUAUUUGGUUCUCCUGCUGUAGGCCUUUUCCGCUCCUUGGAUCUUCCUUCUAAACAUAGCUCCUUUGCCACUUACUUGCCAGUUGUACUCACUGUGGUUUAGUUGUUAAGUCACUGACAUGUGCAAGUGUUACACUUAAUUUAGACUUAAAAGUUUUUACUCACUUUUUACAGUUAAAUGCUUUUAGUUUUUUUACAGUAGACCUUGUUUUACAUGAAAUUUAUGAUAACUUGAAAGGAUUUCAAUUCCCAAUUUUUCCUCACUUUAUUUCAUGUAUUGCAGCUUCCCUUAACAGGAACAAAAUUCUAGCAGGUCUGGUUCUAAAUAAGGAGUUUUGGACUGUUUCAUCAUUCCUCCUGGCUGACUCUCCCCCCACUUUCCUUUUAUUUUUUCGUUGCUCACAGUAGCCUACUGUUGCCAGUAUAUGUUAUACAUCACGCAUUCAAUAGGUUAAGACCCCCCCCACUCUUCACAAAAACAAAAAAAAACAACAAUCGAGGAACCUUUCCCUCUCUGCAUACGCAACGGAUGGCGUGGGAGUGGCUUUGUCUUGUGUGUCCGGGAGAUGAGACACUAGCAAGCUGCGAACCAUCCCUAAUUUUAUUUAACGGGAAUGUCCCAUUAAAAAGACACUAGCACGCUGCGAACCAUCCCUAAUUUAACGGGAACGUCCCAUUAAAAAAUGUUCUGAUUAUUUUUGUAGUGUGCAGCUACAGUAUAUAAAUUCCAAUAUUUUAACCGGCAUCUGUGGUGUAGGGGUUAGGCGCUUCGCCAUCAUAAGUAAGUGACCCGAGUUUAAAUCCUAAGUUGGGUAAAUUUUAUCAAUUAUCUUGGUCUUUGUGUUGGGAUGUUGUAUCCCUCUCAGCCCGGAUUGGUCUUGACAAGCAGGAUGGAAGCUUGUCACCUCCUAAAUGAUCAAAAUUGUCUAGAUGGGCAUAAAAACACCUACAUUAAUUAAUUUUUCUUGAAAAUUCUGUUUUGUUGGGUUUUUUGUUGUUGUUCUUAAACUAUUAGUGUGGGCAACCAAGAAGUAAACGGUCUCCCCCUUUUUGUUCUUUUCAUUAGUGUAGGACACUGCUAAAUGCAAAGUCUGCAUAAUGAGAAAGAGUUCUCUGGUCCCAUGAAGUUAGUGUUGUCAGAAUCAGUUUUUUUCUGUGUAUACAUGUUCUGCUCUUGCAACUUUUUUAAAGAUGCAAAACCAAAGUUUGUUAUGCCCGGGUGUUCCCCUUUAAGUUUGAAGACUGCAGAUAACCUGAAAAAUGUAAUGUGGAGGAAGAAAGGUCCUCCAGUGUCUUUUCUAUCCAUUUAUGUGCUGAAGUUAUUUUGCAAGAGAAGCUCUGCUGAAGGGGUCUGUUACUUCAGACAGCUGUCGUCAUUGUUUAAAUUUUCUUAAGACUAAGACGUUAUGUUUGACAUUUCCCUAUGUGUAGUCUGGUUUUUGUUCCUUGACUCCCAUUUUUCCUGGAGAGUUUCUCAAGUCUUGCUUGUGAUUGCUUUCUUAUAGCUGCCAGACCUGUUGCUCUGGAAUUGGAUUACAUUCCAGUCAAUAGAAUUUCCUCGUGCUGACUUUCGUCAUUAAAAUUCAUUUCUUGAUAUUAUUGCACAUUGUAACCAUUUAAAGCGCAGUGGUUCAUUGCUCUUGGGAAAAGUUCUUUCAUCUUUUAAAUCAGAAUGCCUCAAUGCUGUUCGUGUGCCGUGUGCCAUUCUAGAAGCUGUUGGUCUUAUGUUCAUAAAUUGGAAAAAAAUUCUUGCUCAAAAUUGUUAUAUGACACGAAUUGAAUCUUGUUUUAUGAGAGAAAUUUUAGGCCCAGGACUUUAUGCAUGCUAGUAAAGUGUCUUUACAGUUGCGAGCGCCGUAAAACCUUAUACUACUACUACUAAAGUGUCUUUUUGAUCUAGUUUUGUCUUGAAUUUUAAAAAAAUGAGUAAACAAAUGUUCCUUUCUAGACUGUAUUUUUCUAAACCCCAAUACCAGAAUAGGCAGAGGUGUUUUCUUUUACAGCAAGCAUUGCUUCCUGUUAUGGUUUUGUUGCAGCCAUCUGUUUUCUUGGAAUCAAUAGUUUCAUUGGGUUCCAACAGUUGUACUGUUUCUUAAUGGGACUUGAUAUGAACUCCCUGUCUUUCUCUACAAAUGACGUGCCAUGAAACAAUUUUGUCUUAAUUUUUCAGCACAAAGUGUCACUUUUCGGAUGUGGACCAUAGAACAAGGUUCCCUUAGUUUACUUACAUCCUCCGUAAACAUGGAAGAAGUGCUAAUGCAACGACAGUGUUCAUUUUUAUUACUAUGAAGCCAAUUAUUUUCUUAUAUGUGUUCUUAUAAAAUGUUCACCUGUGGAUGUAAUUUAAUUCAUGUGUUCUACUUUUGGAUUAAUGGCUGUAUUAAUCUUAAAGUCAUAGCAUUUUGUACAGUUCUGUUUGCUUGUUUACCUAUUUUUAGGUGUUUUUUUGUGGUGGUAUUUUUUUCAUUUUAAUGUUCUUUGUAUUUUGGUGUGUGGAUACUGUGACUUGCUACCUUUAUUGGUGGUGUAAAAGAGAUAUAUAGCUUUCCAUUUCUGAGUUCCCCUGCCUCUGUCCGUAAUGCACCAUUGCGUUGUGACCACACCAAUUAAACUUCAGUCCAUCUUGCAAAUUUGAGAUUAGAAACAACUGCUGCAAUAGUCAGGGAAGAGUUCACAGUUCAAUGUGAUCCUACCUGGUGCGGACUUUUAGGCCCUACCCACCCAACUUGUAAUAUGGAGAGCUCAGAUGCGAGUGCGAUGUUUGGGGGAAACAAACGCGUCAGCGAGUUCACACUUCACUGUGAACCUGUCUGGGGCAAACGUAUGUUUCAUUGAGAUUUACAACAGACAUGUGACCUCAUCCAAGAGAGUAGGUGGUCUGUGAUGCAACUGGCAGUUCAAUGUUUGCAAAGUUUCACUUCUAGGUUGAUCAGUUGUGUCCGCCCAGGUUUUUGUUAAGUAAAUUAUAAUCUGAAAUUCGAGAUCUUUACUGAAUGUAAUCUUUCAGACCGGGAUCUUAGGGAUGACUUUUAUGUGGUAAAAAUUCUGUUUUCUUAUAACAGCAGGAUCAUAAAGAAACUGCAAUUGGAAGCGGGUGGGAUCAAAACGUGACUGUCUUUUUUUUUCCCAGUCCAACUUUAACCAAGUAGGCUAUCCACCAAAUAAGGUCAAACACUAUUUUUGAAAAAAAAAAUUCUCUUGCUCGUCAUCUUCCAGAAUUCAUCAAAAUUUUGCAUAGUGUGUUUCUUUUACUAUAUCAUGUUUCGUCAUUACAAUUGUGGAAUACAUGGAUACGAACAAAAGAAAUGUUGGGCCUAAUUUGGGGGAUACAUGUUUUUUUAUGAAAUGAUGAAAUGUAAUUUUUGACUGUGAGAGUUAAUCCCAAAAGGAACUUAAUGGUCUCUUGAAGAGUGGAAGUGCAUAUUAAUAUGUGUAUUCAUAACUCAGUGAACAAUGUGCAACUUAUGGUUUUGAAACUGUCCAGCACUUGAAAGAAUAUGGUUCUGGUCUGAAUAUUUCUUCCUACUUCCUAGAUCCAUGUCUUGUUUAAGUAAGGACCUAGUGCAUGCCUUUGAGAGAUUAUCCUAUGCAGUGUGUCGUGUGUAUGGAAGCAGAUUUUUGGAGUCAUUAUGGGUUUUUUCCGUGUAUAGAAUGUGCUCAAACUGUUCAUGUAUGCUAGGGCAAAUGUUCUUGAAUUUGCCUUAUUUGUUUUGGUCUUACUCAGAUGUUUCUGGCAGGUUUUAUUACUUAUACACUGACAAUACCUUCUUUGUAGAAUUGGCUGAAGGCUGCUGUUGGUGUGAUCUUUUGUCAAUUUGAAAAAAAAAAAAA